AGCUCUGAGAGAAGCCGAAAACAAACCCACAGAGAAGCCAAAUAGAAGAUGCAGGACACCAUCGUCCUAGUCCCAGCUCCAGGCAUGGGCCAUAUCAUCUCCAUGGUUGAACUUGGCAAGCUCAUCCUCCACCACUACGUUCACAAGUUCUCCAUCACUAUUCUUUUCACCACCGGCUCCGAUCUGGACACCCCAAGCAUCACCUCCUACAUCCACCGUGUCUCCCAAUCCAACUCCUCCAUCUCCUUCCACCGAUUACCCUCGGUCUCUAUUGACACCACCCCGACUCGCAGCAUCCUCGCCACAGCUUUCGAGUUUAUCCGGCUCAGCAUAGCCCAUGCCCCCCAUGCACUCCAACAAAUCUCCAACUCAUGCACCAUUCGUGCCCUUGUCAUCGACCUUUUCUGCACCUCGGCUUUUCCCAUAGCCAAAGAUCUUAACCUUCCUGUUUAUUAUUUCUUCACUUCCGGUGCUUAUUGUCUCGCCGCCAUGUUAUACCUCCCCAAGAUCCACGACCAAACCACCAAGAGCUUCAAGGACCUCACCGCCACUGAGCUUCACUUCCCAGGAAUAUCGUCGCCGUUGAAAGCGACACAUAUGCCUGAACCAACACUCGACCGUGACGACCCUGGUUAUUGGGACAUGCUCUAUUUCUGUUCACAUCUUCCAAAAUCAAACGGGAUCAUAGCUAACACAUUUGAUGACCUGGAGUCAAAAGCAUUAAAGGCCAUUGCUGAUGGCGUGUGCGUUCCUGAUUCGCCAACUCCGCCUGUUUAUUGUAUAGGUCCUUUGAUUGCAGAUGCAGAGAAGCCAACAAGUGAAGAUGGAAAUGAAUGUUUGUCAUGGCUUGACAGCCAACCGAGUGGAAGUGUUGUUUUCUUGUGCUUUGGGAGCCGAGGAUCGUUCUCGGUGGUACAGGUGAAAGAGAUUGCCCAUGGGUUGGAAAGGAGUGGGCAGAGAUUCUUGUGGGUGGUGAAAAAGCCACCACGCGAUGAGAAAACCAAGCAGGCUGAGAAUUUUACUGCGGAGUUUGAUUUAGAGGGUGUGUUGCCAGAAGGGUUCCUGGAGAGAACCAAAGACAGGGGCAUGGUGGUGAAGACGUGGGCACCCCAAGUGGGUGUGCUUAGAAAAGAAGCCGUUGGGGGGUUCGUGACUCACUGUGGGUGGAACUCGGUGUUGGAGGCGGUGGUUGCAGGAGUGCCGAUGGUGGCUUGGCCGCUCUAUGCCGAGCAGCAGCUGAACAGGAACGUUUUGGUGAAUGAUAUGAAGAUGGCUAUUGACUUGGAGCAGAGAGAGAAUGAUGGUUUUGUGAGUGGGGAUGAGUUGGAGAGAAGGGUUAAGGAGUUGAUGGAGUCCGAACAAGGGAGAGAGCUCAGGGGAAAAAGUUCGAAGAUGAGAGAAAUUGCUUUGGCUGCUUUGGGAUCGGCAUCUGGUUCGUCUACCAGAGCCGUGGCCAAGUUUGUUGAGGCACUUGGAUAGUGUUUGGAAGUAAUUGCAAACUGUGAUUAGGAAAAUGAUUUUCUCGGUACAUCUGUUUCAAGAAAAAUCAUGGAAUUUUGCUCAUGAUUAAUGGAAAUGUAAUUCAUGAGCGGGAUUCAGAUAAUUAAGUGUAUGUUUAAUAAUUCAUAAAAAAGAAAAGAAAAAGUGCAUGUUAGUUUAAAUUUUUUAAAUAUGUUUGAGUUGGUCCAGUUUCUAUCAUUUGACGAA